GAGGGGACUUUGGACCCAAAGUAACUCUCCUGUAAAAAGUUACAUAAACACAGAUAAACCGAAAUGGCAAGCCGAUGUCUGCUUCGCAAACUUGCGAGGGUUUCGAAGCUUAAAAAUAACUAUGGAACAGCUCGACCAUUGUCCAGUCUGGCUGAGCUGCCAGAAACCCAUCAAAUGUUGCAGAAAACAUGUAGAGAUUUUGCUGACAAUGAAUUAGUUCCUAUUGCUGGAAAGUUAGAUAAAGAACAUCAAUUCCCACUGGAGCAGAUAAAGAAGUUAGGAGAACUUGGCAUUAUGUGUGUAGAUAUUCCUGAGUCAGAAGGGGGAACUGGUUUAGAUUAUCUUGCCUAUGCUAUAGCUCUAGAGGAAAUCAGUAGAGGUUGUGCAUCGACAGGCUGUAUAGUCAGUGUUAAUAAUUCAUUAUAUUUAGGACCAAUCAAGAAAAAUGCAAACCAAAUGCAGAAAGAAUUAUUCCAGACACCAUUUCUGCAUGGUGAUAAAGUUGGAUGUUUUGCCUUGAGUGAACCAGGAAAUGGCAGUGAUGCUGGGGCUGCUUCAACUACAGCAGUAUUACAGGGAGAUCACUAUGUAUUAAAUGGAACCAAAGCCUGGAUAACAAAUGGAUACGAAGCAGAAGCUGCUGUGGUAUUUGCUACAACAGAUAAAAGUCAAAAACACAAGGGCAUAAGUGCCUUUUUGGUACCUAAACCUACAGAAGGUUUAUCACUUGGAGUGAAAGAAGAUAAAUUAGGAAUUAAAGCUACCUCAACAUGCUACCUGAUAUUUGAAGACUGUAAAAUACCCAGAGAAUUCUUGUUAGGAGAGCCUGGUAUGGGAUUCAAAAUAGCAAUGCAAACAUUAGAUGCAGGAAGAAUAGGUAUUGCAGCACAGGGUAUAGGAAUAGCUCAAGCUUCUUUAGAAUGCGCCAUUGACUAUGCACAGAAAAGAACAGCCUUUAACCAACCUAUUUCAAAAAUGCAGACAGUUCAGUCAAAAUUGGCCGACAUGGAAAUGAGAAUACAGAGUGCCAGAUUACUGAACUAUAAAGCUGCCUUACUGAAAGAUGCUGGUAAACCAUUUUCCAAGGAGGCAGCCAUGGCCAAGUUAGCUGGAUCAGAAGCUGCUACAUUCUGUAGUCAUCAGGCUAUACAGAUCUUAGGAGGUAUGGGAUAUGUAUCAAGUAUGCCAGCUGAGAGAUAUUAUAGAGAUGCUAGAAUUACAGAAAUAUAUGAGGGGACCAGUGAAAUACAAAAACUAGUCAUUGCAGGUUGUCUGCUCAAAGAAUAUCAAGCUGUGUAAUGUGUAUUUAUUAUGUAGAUAUGAAAUAAAUUAUAUAUUUUUG